AUGGCGAUCCGAAUGAAUCGCAAACAGCGAUUGACCGCGACCAUAGCCAUUUCAUUCUCCUUUUUUGUGGCCGAACUCAUUGCCGGAUUUUACACCCACUCUCUCGCGUUGAUCGCUGAUGCGUUCCACUAUCUGAGCGAUUUGAUUGGAUUUGUGGUGGCCUUGGUCGCUGUCGUGGUUUCUGAGGAUCCAAAUCCACCACCACAAAAAUUCACAUUUGGAUGGGCACGCGCAACGCUUCUAGGCGCGUUUUUCAACGGCGUGUUCCUUUUGGCGCUCGGCGUCAGCAUCCUGGUUCAAGCUAUCGAACGAUUUGUCAACGUGACCGUCGUCGACCAGCCCAAGGUCGUCCUGAUCGUGGGAGGCGUUGGCCUAGGACUGAAUCUCCUGGUCUUAUCGUUUCUUCAUGAUCAUGAUCACGAUCAUGGUGAUGGCCACGGCCACGGUCACGACCAUGGACACGCACAUGCGCACGAGCACGACCACAGUAGCGGCCAUAGGCAUGAAACCCUGCACGAGGAAGACGCUGCCACCAGGAUAGAUGAUGGAACGGCGCCUGGGGCAGAGGCUCGUCCCACGUUGGCAUCCAGCGGUCACCACCAGCACAGGCAUGUAUCAGUAGUCUCGCCAUCUCGCCCUAGCAGAGAUUUGGGGAUGCUUGGCGUUAUGAUCCACGUAGUUGGUGAUGCCAUCAACAAUAUUGGCGUCAUAGCAUCGGCCCUUAUUAUCUGGAAAGCCCACGGGGAAGCACGAUAUUAUGCCGACCCUGCCAUUGGCGUGUUUAUCUCUCUGAUGAUCUUCUUGACCGCUUGGCCAUUGACUAAGAGCAGUGGCCGUAUUCUGUUGCAGAUUGCUCCUAAUGAGAUAGAGAUUGAUGACAUCAAGCACGAUAUCAAUAAGGUCCCCGGUGUCGAAUCUGUGCAUGAACUUCACGUCUGGCGACUAGAUCAACGCAAGUCGAUAGCAUCUGCACAUGUUGUCGUUGACGGUAGGACCGUCCGAAGCUUUGCAGACACGGCCAAGAUCAUCAUGGAAUGCCUCCAUGCGUACGGCAUCCACUCGGCAACACUGCAGCCCGAGGUACUGCCUGCUCACCAGCAGCAGCAAGCUCAAAGCUCGUCCGUGUCUCCGAACACUGGUACCGGAACGCCGACUCAACGGCGACGUGAUAACGGCGCUGAUUGCCAGAUUGUAUGCGGAAGCCAGUGCGGCGAAAUGAGAUGCUGCACAACGGUACAGAUCUCUGAAAGACCAGCAUUGCCAAUUUGA